CAGCGUUCAGUUUGUGUCCAACGUUUCCAGCGAAAAGAAGGCUUUCCCAUCACGCAGCUCCUUCCGAUACGCGAUCUACGCGAGGUGAACAGACGCGCCCGUGUGAAACAAACGCAUUCUUCUUCGUUUGCUCGAAAGAUCGAAGCGCGUCCCAACGGUUUGAAGCGAACCGUUGAAAAGGAAGCCCAUUUGAUCGCCGUAACCUGUUUUCGGGGAUCGUGAUUGUCGGUGGCUGUGCGAGUGUGUUUGCGUUUGGGCCUCACUGUACCUGUUGCUCCCGUUGUAACUUCUGCUUCUUCUUCAAACGAUGCUGUUUAAAAGCUUUCUUAUGCUGAGCGUCUUCGCUGUCGCCUGCUACGGACAAUCGAAAGUGCCCGUAUACGUGUACUAUGAAUCGCUCUGCCCGGAUAGUGCACGGUUCGUUAACGAACAGCUGUACCCGGUGGCUAAGACGUUCAAGAAGAAUCUAGAGCUUCAUCUGGUGCCGUUCGGCAAGUCCACCUACACGACGCAAGGCUCGGAGGUGAUGUUCACGUGUCAUCAUGGCGAAAACGAGUGCUACGGUAACAAGGUCCACGCCUGUGCCAUCCAGCACAUUCAGGGUAACUCGUAUCAGCCGAACAUUUCGAAGGAAGAUCUAACACUGGAGUACGUUAACUGUCUGAUGCAUCGGGCCCAGCUGAAGGAUGGUGCGUUCCCGACCAAGCGCUGCGCCGAUGAGGUGAAAAUUGACCAGUGGCAAGCUAUCAUGGAUUGUGCCAACAGUACCGAAGGUAGCCAGCUGCUGAAGCAACAUGGUGAUAUGACGAACAAAGUGCAAUCGCCACUCAAGAGUGUCCCCACUGUUGCCUUUAAGCAGACAUACGAUGAUGAACUGCAGAAACUGUCUGUGAGCAGCUUCCGUCAUGCGCUGUGCAAAAACCUGAGUCCGCAACCUGUCGAGUGUCUCGACCUUCCAUCAGCCGCCACGGUGGUCAGCUCGUUCGGUAUGCUCGUCGCUGUUGCCGCCGUCCUCGUUGCCAGACUAUUUUAAGCAAUGGUCCAACCAGUGUGCGUAACGUACUCUUAAAAAAACUACAAAACUACUAUUGAUAGUUUGAAAAGUCGAGGAAAAUUUGGUAGUCCUGUUUUAUUGGUAACCAUCAUUUAAGAGUAAAGAUCGAUUCCGGGAUGCAUGUUCACUAUUCAUCGAAUCCGUCCAAGCUGUUGUAUUUUGUAGAUGUUUCCUUCGAUGCUUUUAAAAAUAAAGUCUUCUGGCAUGAUCAAAUCGAUCGUGAACCUUA